AUGCCCAUUACAAGAGUCAUUGCUGAUGCACUUGCUGUGGUGACAAUUUGUCUUGUUGCUGUUCUGGUCCUUCUGGGUGUAUUUUGCACCUUGUACUUGCUUUACUUCCGCAAUCGGACCCAUAGUCGAGGUCUUGUUUGGCUCAAUGAUUUUAGUGGUCCUUGGAUUAUCAGAAUUGCAUUGAUCUCUUUUGCAAUCUGGUGGGGUGUUUGGGAGAUUAUUAGGUUGAAUCUAUUGAGACGUGAAGGAAGAAUCUUGGAUGCCCUCAACUCGAAAUGGCAGGAAACUAUUUGCAAAUGCUACAUCAUUUCAAACCUGGGGUUUGCAGAACCAUGCCUUUUUCUCACCCUGGUAUUUCUUCUUCGUGCAUCAUUACAGAGGUCUGGGACACUAAGCCGGAAGUGGAAUGCGAGAACAGCCGGUUGUGUAAUUCUUUUUUGUCUCCCGAUGUUCAUUCUUCAGCUCACAGUUAUAUUAAUUGAGCCGAAGUAUAGCAAGAACAGUUACAAGAACAAACUGCCUCCAUAUUUCUUCAACGCAGCUUUUUCUAAGACAAAGGACAAUGACAAUGUUACCAUCUGCACUUACCCUCUGUUUAGUACUAUCAUCCUCGGUCUUUUUGACACUGUCCUGACUACAUACUUGUUCUGGAUCGGCAGGCGAAUUCUUCAUUUGGUCAUCAAUAAGGGUUUGAAGAAGCGAGUGUACACAUUAGUCUUUCCUGUUUCGGUUCUUUUUCUCUUAAGAGUACUUCUUCUUGGUCUAUCGGUCCUAUUUGAGCCAGAAAAUCUUUUGUUUGAUGCCAUUGCAUUUUUGGCUUUUUUCUCUCUUCUAUCUUGUGCGGGGGUUGGUAUCUGUAUACUGGUCUAUCUUCCUGUUGUGGAUUCUUUAGCUGUGAGGAAUCUGCGAAGUGAUGCGGAGGCUAGAUGUAAUGAUGAGUACAACGACGCCAUUUCACUAAUUUCUACUCAUAGCCCUCUUGAAGAAAGUACAAUAAUUGGUCCGAGGAGAAACUCAGGUGACUCUCCAAACCGUGGAUCAAUUUCUUUUCGCACAAUGGAAAAGGAUGAAACUUCCAGAGCUCUUUUUGGAACUUAG